GGAGGGUCAGUCAGUCGGUGCGACUAAUAAGGACACGAGGAUCUAGUAAGAGAUCCCAUUCUCACUUUUAUUUCUUUACAAGUGUACUUUGGAAUAGGAACCGACUAUUUUUCCAAACAUGCGUUCAUAAGCGUUCAUGGAUUAAUGCGUUUUUAUGCCGGAGGAAACUUUCUCACCAAUUGUUUUGAAGAAGUAUCUUCUCUUGCAUCAGAGAAGACAUGAGUUGCUUGCUCAAAUGGGCAGCUUUCCUCUGGAUCGCUCAUACCAUUCCCUGCACUGUUGGAAUGGCAUUGAACGAAAGAAUAGACAACUCUAGAUGUCCUCCAUUGAAAGUAGACAAGGACCUGUUUUCCUACAGUUUAAAUGGUCCACAGCCAGAAUUCACCGGUUUUGAUCUGACAGAAAAGUUUCUCCUGAGAAAGGGGACAGUGACAGAGGAGCGGCCAUCAUUCCGGCUGGGGAGCAGCCCCCUCAUCAAGCCAACAGAAUUGGUGUUCCCCAAUGGUCUGUCCAGUGAAUAUUCUCUAGUUACCACCUUCCGGCUGAGGAAAACCACGAAGAAAGACCGCUGGUAUCUGUGGCAGAUAUUCGACCAGACGGGAGGUACCCAGGUGUCUGUAGUGUUGGACGGUGCUAAACGAGCAGUGGAGUUCUCAGCCCGGGGCCUUCUGAAGAACAGCCUCCACUACACCUUUAAGAGCCGAGACCUGCACACCCUGUUUGACCGCCAAUGGCACAAGCUGGGUGUGGCGGUCCAGAGCAGCAUCGUCUCCGUUUACAUAGACUGUAAACUAAUAGAGAGGAGGCUGACAGACGAGAAGGAUGAAAUCGACCCCAGCGGAUAUACGCUGAUUACAACCCGGGUGGAGGAUGGACGGCCUGUAGAUAUCGAACUGCAACAAAUCCUGAUCUACUGUGACCCAUACCUGGCUGAGAUGGAGAACUGCUGUGAGCAGGCAGGAUCUACGUGUGAGCCUAGCAGGGAGGGCCCUGGUGCUGGAGGGGUGACUCCCAAUCCCUUGGAUACAGAUGGAGCAGGCCAGCUCCCCCAGAUGCUCUCCCAGCCCGUCCAGCCAGCUCGGGUCCAGCGGGUCCAGCAUUCCAGCAGUGACAGAUGUCAAUGUUCAGCAGAAAAGGGUGAUCAAGGUCUACCAGGCUUGGCAGGACUUCCAGGACAGAAAGGCGAUCAAGGAGACAAGGGAGAGACCAGGAAAGACGGGUUCCCUGGAAACUCAAGCCAGAAGGGUGACCAGGGUGUUUCUGGCUCACCAGGUCUGGAUGGUAUUCCUGGACAGAAGGGUGAGGCAGGAUCAAACGGGUCUAAGGGGAUCGAUGGAGCAAUGGGUGAGAAGGGACCAGCUGGGGAGCCUGGUGCGGAGGGGAAACCUGGGAUAAAUGGUUUGAAUGGAGACUCAGGUCCUAUUGGCCCCAAAGGUGAUCAAGGCGAUACGGGUCUUCAAGGUCUGCCUGGUCUAAGUGUGGAGAAAGAGGGACUCAAGGGAGAUCAGGGAUCCCCUGGGUUACCAGGUCAGACGGGGGCUCUGGGCAAAGAGGGAAAAAGGGACAAUGACCCAAAACCCACCUCCAGGCUGUCUAAGGGCUAUGGGGUGAAGGGUGAUUCUGGCGUUCCAGGAGACAAAGGAGAUCAAGGUGAUCCGGGUCAGCCAGGUGGAGACGGGGCCUCUGGGAUGAAAGGACAGAAGGGGGAAGAAGGCCUGAGAGGACCACCAGGACUGGAAAUGACAGCUCAUGGACUGAGACAUCUGUCUGGCUCUGAGGCUGAAUCAGGAGAGAAGGGCCAGAAAGGAGAAAUGGGUGAUCCAGGACAAAGAGGACUCCAAGGACCACAUGGUUUCAAGGGAAGCUUAGGACUACCAGGUCCAAAGGGAGAGCCCGGCCCAGAGGGUAAAGAAGGUCCUAAUGGACUCAUCGGACUCCCAGGGAUUGCAGGAGAGAUGGGAUUGUCGGGGGACCAGGGAUCACCUGGUAGAGACGGUCUGAAAGGAAACAAGGGGGACUCUGGAGAUGUGAUGGGACCCCAGGGCCUGCCUGGACCCAAGGGAGAGCCUGGAGAGCCAGUAGCUGAACAUCUGGGAGAGGGCAUGACAUCUGGACCCAGAGGAUCACGAGGGCCAAAGGGUGAGCGUGGCGUCCCUGGUGUACCAGGAGACCUAGGGGAGAAAGGAGAGCCUGGUCUGGGCGUUGAAGGACCUCCUGGCCCCAUGGGACAGAGAGGAGAGAGAGGAUUUGAGGGCCCUCGUGGACCCUCUGGUUUCUCAGGCCCUGCUGGGACCCCGGGGAGAGAGGGAUCCCCUGGUCGAGAAGGUCCCCCAGGUCCUCCUGGCCCCCCGGGUCAACCAACUGCCUUGCCAAUUGUCGGAGAUAUGAGCUCUUUACUCAAGAAUGCCUGCACCGUGUGCCAGACCAGAGUGCCAGGUCUGCCUGGGCAGAAGGGCGAGCAGGGAACCCAUGGAGCGACAGGAGUGCAAGGCAUGGUGGGAGAAAAGGGGGAUCCAGGAGUGCGAGGACCUCUCGGUAAUCCAGGGAAAGAAGGUCCAAAGGGGAUGAAAGGAGAGAGAGGGUUCCCUGGGCCUAGUGGAGACAAAGGAGACGAGGGCUCUCCUGGAGUUCCAGGCAUUCUGGGUACAACAGGCCGUACUGGAGCCGCUGGGGUCAUGGGCAGACCUGGGCCAAUGGGUCAGCCUGGAACAAAGGGAGAUCGGGGAAGUGAAGGAUCCCCUGGAAGGCCAGGACUACCAGGCCCCCCAGGUGUCCCCUAUGUGGAGGGCAAUGGGAUGAGCAGUCUGUACAAACUGCAGAGUGGAGGAGCUAUCUCAGGACCCCCUGGAGCACCAGGUGCACAAGGCCCCAAAGGAGACGAGGGAAGAGUGGGUGAUCCCGGAUCCAUGGGUUUACCUGGACUAGAAGGACUACCUGGAGCCAAGGUAAGCCACAUACAGCCCACCUGUAGCCUUUAUACAGUACUGAGCCAAGCCGAGCCAAGCCAAGCCGAGCCAAGCCAAGCCAAGCCAAGCUGA